UCCAGCAGCUGUUGAUGGUCAAAGAAGGGGAUACCUCCUCCAGGGUUGGCCAGGAGGACCGAGAGGCCCCACACAUUAAAGAUGAACGGGAGGACCCAGAGCCGCCACAUGUGAAAGAAAACCAGGAGGUCAUGGGGCCCCCACACAUUAAAGAGGACCAGGAGAACCGAGAGCCCACACACAUUAAAGAGGAGCAGGAGGACCCAGAGCCCCCACACAUUAAAGAGGAGCAGGAGGAGCUGUGGAGCAGUCAGGAGGGAGAGCAGCUUCAAGGUCUGGAGGAGGCUGAUAUCACCAAGUUCCCAUUCACUCCUGUCCCUGUGAAGAGUGAAGAUGAUGAAGAGAAACCUCAGUCCUCACAGCUUCAUCAAAGACUAACUGAACAGAUGGAAACAGAAGCUGAUGGAGAGGACUGUGGAGGACCAGAACCAGACAGGAACUCACAUCCAGAUGGACACUUGAGACUGGUCCGUGAAGACAGUACUGGAAACUCUUUAACAGCUGAGAUUGCAGUCAAUGUUGAUGAUUGGAAGGAGACCAGAGAACCUCAGUCAGGUUCAACCCCUCUGAAAAAUGAUCAAGUCCCUCUUAGAGAUUCAAAAAGUAGUGUUGGAGAGAAACCAUUUGGCUGCUCUCAGUGUGGAAAAAGAUUUGGCAGUAAUUGGGAUCUUAAGGUGCACAUGAGAACUCAUACAGGAGAAAAACCGUUUAGCUGUUCUGAGUGUGAGAAAAGAUUUGGCACUAAGUGGGAUAUGAAGAGACACAUGAUAACUCAUACAGGAGAAAAGCCUUUCAGUUGCUCAGUGUGUAAUAAAUCUUUUACCAAGUGUAGCAAUGUGAAGAAUCAUAUGAGAAUCCACACAGGAGAGAAACCUUUCAGCUGCAAUGUUUGUAACAACAGAUUUGUCUGGCGUUCACAGCAAAAAAGACAUAAAUGUGUCGGUCGUCAGUCCUCACAGCUUCAUCAGAGUCAGACUGAACAGAUGAAGACAGAUGCUGAUGGAGAGGACUGUGGAGGACCAGAACCAGCCAGGAACUCACAUCCAGAUACACAUUUACAACCAGACACUGAGGACAAGACUGGAGACUCUUCUGAACCUGAGACUGAGGACAGUGAUGAUUGGAGGGAGACCAGAGAACCUCAGUCAGGUUUAAACUCUCUGAAAAAUGAUCAAAUCAAUGAGAAACCAUUCAGCUGCUCCGAGUGUGGGAAAAGAUUUGACUUCAACUGGUGUCUGAAACAACACAUGGGAACUCAUACAGGAGAAAAACCAUUUUGCUGUACUAAGUGUGGGAAAACAUUUGGUCGGAAGGAGUAUUUGAAGAAACACAUGAAAUUUCACAAAGGAGAGAAACCCUUCAGUUGUUCACUGUGUGGGAAAAGAUUCAUACACAAAGUUGGAGUGACCCAACACAUGAUAGUCCACACAGGAGAAAAGCCAUUCAGCUGCGCAUUCUGUAAGAAAUCUUUUGCAUGGAAAAAGUGUUUACAGUUACAUAUGAAAUUCCACACAGGAGAGAGACUUUACAAUUGCUCAGUUUGUGAUAAAAGAUUUCCAUCCAAGGUAGAGCUAAGGACACAUACAAGAACUCAUACAGGAGAGAAACCUUUUAACUGCUCAUUUUGUGAGAAAUCUUUUGCACACAGUGGGAAUUUACUCAAACACAUGAGAAUUCACACAGGAGAGAAACCUUUCAGCUGCUCAGUGUGUGGUAAAGGAUUCCUUCGUACAGACCAUUUAGGUCGUCACAUGAGAACCCACUGGGGGAAGAACCAGACAGCUGCAGGUGAUAGAGAGGACUGUGCAGGACCAGAACCAGCCAGGAGCUCAGAUCCAGAUGCACAUUUACAACCAGAGACUGAGGACAAGACUGGAGACUCUUCCAGAGUUCCCACAAUGAUGGGAAACAUGGAUAUGUCAGGGAAUUAGUGAAACCUUCAAAUGUUUUGUAAAAUUAUUGGAAUUCCUGUAUGGAAAAUAUUAUGAACUGUUUUGUCAUCCCUUUCAAACCUGGAUCCACAUCACUUUUCUUGUGCUGCAUUGAGGCGCAAUGAGGAAUUUACUGUGACGUGUCCAGAAAAUGGAAAGAAAAUAGUACAUUUAAGUAAUCAGCAAAAAUUCCAGCUAACUAUAUAUUUCUUCUUUUUACUGAAUUAUUAGAAUUUUUAGCAGUUUUCUGGGUCAUUUCCGAUUUUUAGUAGUUUAUUUUUCCCUUUCACUUUUUUGUCACUAAUUUGAAAGUAUUACUUAAAUUCGGCUUAAAUUGUUUGUGGCCCUUUUUCCAUGUAUUUGGAAAAAAAUUCAAGCACCUAUGCCCAGGUUUUAAAGGGUUAAUCUUCAUUGGAUAACGCUUUAAUGUGAUCAUGUAGAUGUAAUGUAACUCUUAUAUGUGUCAGCGUGUGUUUACGAUCACAUUUGUUUCUUCAUGUUCUCCCUUCGUUCUUCUGUGAUUCACCACCGUCAGUCCACUGUGUGUUUGCACUUGUACAUUAAUUGUUCCUCAGCGGAAAGUGAUUACUGUGAAUAAUUGUUCAGUUUAUUCGUUGCGUUCAUGUAUGAGCUUGCAUGUGUUCAAUAACCACCCCCAUCCCUGAAAAAUAGGACUCCCCCAAAACACACAAUGACUUUUUUUGUUUGUGUUAUAAUUACCUUAACAAAGAUAGAAAAAUCACAGCUCGUCUUACAUUUUACAUUUUCUAUGUUGUCAGGAAAGUUUAUUCCCAAAUACUUUGUGUAGUCUGGAGACCAAGCUUAAUUUGUAGCCAGAUAGAUUGCCAAACUUUCCAGCAUAGUAAAAAGUUUUGGAACUGAAUAUUGGGGGGCUUGUAAAUACAGUAACAUAUUGUCUGCAUACAACAAAAUAACAUGGUUUGAACUUGCCAUUUUGAACUUGUAAAUAGUCAUGUGAUCAUAUUUUUUUGCGACUAGGGGCUCAAUAAUGAGAGCAAAUAAUAUCGGAGGUAGUGGACAGUCUUGUUUUGUCCCCUGUGAUAGUUUGAAGGGAGGUGAGCGUUUGUCUUAAAGACACGGUGAAGUCUAGUGAAUGUUUUUAGCAUAACCUAAAUGGAAUAGUAGAGAUAGCUUAAUUAGGUUGAGUUCAAUACAUUUUCAAUAAGAUAUGGUGACUGUAAAUGUGCUCCACCAAACAGCAUAGCAGGACGCUGAUACCUGAAUGACCACUCAUAUGACAUUUAUAUUUUUGUUUUGUGGCAUAUUAUUCGUAAUUCUGCCUUGUAGUUGACUCAGUUAUAAUAAUACA